AUGAUCAAGUUGAAAAUUCAACCCACAACUUUCAACUUGCGAUCCACUGAAGUUCCAGUGGAGAUAGUUGCAUCAGAGAGGCAGAAAGACAUUCAUACUGAAUCCAAAAUUACGACCAGGGACUUCGCUAUCAUCACCAACUUCUUCUGGUCCAUUCAGUCCACCGCUCCAGUCCCCACAGACUCCUCUAACACAGUCACUUGCAACAACACGUUCACUUUCAAGCUCUUCCUCUCUCUCAGACACUGCCAUGGAGCUCCAAAACUUGAUGAUGUAAUCAGUCGUAAGUCCCUUGCUGAAAUAGCCAAGAAAAUCACCCACUGGAAACCUCUGGACAUACCUGUGACCUCACUAGACACAGGAAGAGGAGAUUGUCCAAAAAUACAGGGACGGACUAUGGAAUGCAGGAAACGAGAAUUUCUGGAGGUGUGGAAGGUGAUGAAAGGAGAAGGGGCCACGUACGAGCCUCAUCACCGCAACAGAGGAAGCAGAAGGACAGGCAGUUGGCGGACUGUGUGAGAUCACUGCUAGAGAAAUGAACCACCAUGCAAAUGU